AUGGCAUGUUAUGUGCUGGAACAUCUGGCAGACUCCUGUUGGGGAGAUCCUGGUGGACCCUUGGCCUGUAAAGUCCAGGACUCCUGGAUCGAGGAUGGGGGUGAAAUAAGAAUAGUUUCUGAAAGGCAGAGAAUGUUAUGCCUGCUCUUCCUGACCUUUCCCCUCCUGGGGAGUUCAAUGCCUCUGAUUCAAGACAGGGGGAAAGUUGGCAUUGUUGGAGGCCAGGAGGCUCCGAAGGGGGAGUGGCUCUGGCAGGCCAGACUCAAGGUUCAUGCCAAAGGAUACUGGAUGCACAAAUGUGGUGGCUCCCUCAUCCACCCCCAGUGGGUACUGACUGCUGCCCACUGCAUUGGCAUUCAUCCGGUGGAGCCUUCAUUUUUCAGGAUCCAAUUGAGACAACAGUACUUGUACUAUGAGGAGAAGCUCUUGCCACUGACAAAGAUUAUUGUUUUUCCCAAGUACACUUCUGCUGAAAGUGGUGGGGAUGUUGCUCUGCUGAAACUGAAGAGCCCUGUGGAGCUGUCCAGUCAUAUCAAGCUCAUUAGCCUCCCAAAUGCCACGGAGAUCUUUCCCUUGGAUUCAGAGUGCUGGGUGACUGGCUGGGGGGAUCUUAGUUCUGGAGAGCCCUUGCCCCCACCCUAUACCCUGAGGCAGGUACAAGUCCCUCUGUGGGAUACACGAAAAUGUGAUCAAAAGUAUCGUGAGGCAGCAUAUACCAGCUCAUCUGUGAAGAUAAUUACUGAUGACAUGCUAUGUGCUGGCAAACACAAUGUAGACUCCUGUGAGGGUGACUGGGGACCCCUGGUCUGCAAAGUUGGGAACUCCUGGAAGCAGGCCGGCAUUGUGAGUUGGGGAAUAGGCUGUGGCAUUGACCACAGGCCUGGCAUCUAUACAUGUGUCACGAGCUAUGUGGAUUGGAUCAACAAGCAUAUUUCUCCAGGCUUCUCUGCAAACUCAGUUAAUGCCUAA